AUGGCCUUCAAUGAUCUGCCCACGCCCGCGCACUGCAUUGCUGACUUCUGCCUGAUCCCGAUCGGCACCUCGUCGCCCUCGGUCUCGGCCCAAAUCGCCGACGUCCAGCGGUUGAUUGAGCAGUCCGGCGUGAAAUAUGUCAUGCACUCUGGCGGCACCACCCUAGAAGGGUCUUGGGACCGUGUCCACCAAGUCAUCGGGCAGGCGCAUAACCUGCUGCACCAGAAGGGCAUUGUGCGGAUUCAGACUGAUAUUCGGGUGGGAACAAGAACGGACAAGAAGCAGUCUUUUGAAGAUAAGAAAACUGCAUCGACGGAUCAGGUCCUCAAGAGAAAACUCCUCCUAAAGCUGUUAAAGAAGCAGCUAGUAAAAGAGCUGAUAUCCCCCCCCUGGCUCUUCUUCUCUGGAAAGCGGAAGGAGGAACGCAUUCCUGACCGAAUCGCGAAUAUCGAGCCGGUAGUCGUUCAAUACAUGGGAGUGGUCCAGGACUCCCUAUGCACAAACUGCAUAAAGUUCCAGGGCCCCGAGUCAAAAUGCGUCGCCUUGGUGGACAGCACCGAAGACGCCAGGGCCUGUGCAGGCGGCCGGUGGAACGGCCAAUAUAAGCGCUGCAGUAUCUGGAAGGCUGCGCAAGAGCAGCCGUUUUCAGGUCUCGUGAAAGCGCGUGGGGAGGAACUCUGCUUUAAUAAGAAGGACCAGAAUCACUGGUCUGUGAUUCUCGAUAGCCUGGGUGAUUCGGCAGAGCUUGUUCAGAAGCUUGAGUCAGUCGCCCCUAUUCUUCAGGCUUAUAACGACGACGACACCGUGGUAGCGCAAGGGAAUACUAUUGAAUUGCUCACCAGGAGCCUUGAAUUUAUUGCGAAGUUUAUACAGCCCUCAUAUGAACACAUAUCCGACUUAGGGCUCCGCGCGUCUCCUUCAGAACCUGGCUCUAGAUAG